CACGAUUGCUUCGUGUGCAACUACCCACCACAUUGACACCGCUGACACUUGCGCGACAUGCGCAGGAAGCGCAGACAGAAUUAUAACUAUCUGAUAUUGAUUUUUACUGCUGAGAGAAGCCGGUAAAAGCCCGGUAUUAUUACAAAAUUAUGUGCAUUUCACUGGUACCAAUAAUUAUGGAGAAAAAAAUCAUUGAACAAUAAUAUUCAGUAAUCAAGCUAGCGAACGGCACACACACACACUCCCACACAUGCGCAAUAAUCAAUUUAGUUUCAUAUAUUCAGCACAGGCAGACGCAGCAGAUUUUGCACUUGAGUGCGGUUGCGUGAUUACUUCGCCGUGUGAUUAGAAGCAUUAUGGGUUUGGUUGUCGCUGCAUUAUUCGGCGGAUAUGUGAUAGCGUCGUUGCUAGUUUUUAAGUACCCAAAUCUCAUACAUAAGAGAAAAAAACUUAAAUUUAGAUGCAGACACAUCAGUCACCGAGGAGGGGCUGGUGAAAACUAUGAAAAUACCAUGAUUGCAUUUAAAAGAGCUCUUCAGCUUGGCACAGACAUGUUAGAACUAGACUGCCACCUGACGAAGGAUGAGCACGUAGUUGUGUCUCAUGAUCACAAUUUGCUGCGCAGUACGGGCAGUGAUUGUGACAUAUCUCAACUCAACUACAAAGACCUGCCUUUGCUCAAAGCUGAACUGCCACUAGAUUUUGAUCCUGGUCAUCACUUCAUUGGUUCAGGGAAAGAAGAAGAACGGAAAUUCGCUUUACUGAGGGAUGUAUUUGAACAAUUCCCAAAUGUUCCUAUCAAUAUUGAUAUCAAAAUUGAUGAUGACAGACUUAUUCAUAAAGUUUCUGAACUUAUUACUCAGUUCAAUAGAGAGGAAUAUACUGUAUGGGGCAAUUCUAAUGAUGUUGUCACCAAGAAGUGUUAUGCAAUGGUAAGAUUGUCUUUUUAA